UAAAAAUACUAAUGUAAUAUUAACUGAUGACAUUUUAGAUUUCGCUGCAUAAUACAGCGUGUCUGCCAUAGCCUUACCUGAGGUCUAAUUGGUCAGUUUUGAAAACUCCGUUCGUCGGGCUGGACCAUUUUCUCCUACACAAGAUCUUUUAAAAUUAAAGAGUCAAAUUUAAAAAAGAAUAAAACUAUAAAUUAAAAGUGAUUACAGGUUGCGUGCUUUUUUCUUCAUUGUGAUUGACAACACUACCGACCAAUGAAAAUGCGGAGGAGGGUUGCUCUGGGAUGCCAAUCAUCUUUUCCCCGCGAAGAUAUGCAGACUGCGUCAGCGAAGUACGAAUGCUCACCAGAGAGAGCUGCAGAGGCAGGGGGCUUACCCCUCUUCAGGAUGCUGAAAGACACAUUCAUCUAGGAAGAGAUAAAGACACAGUUCUUUCCAAAUAUAUUGAUGAAACUAAAGGACGUGGUGUUUUUGCAAAAGAUUUCAUUGGGAAGGGAUCCUUCAUAAUCGAGUACCACGGAGCUCUGCAUGAAGAAAACGAGUUUAAUAAAAUCUCAAAUCCAUACACGUAUUAUUUUAAACAUAAUGGAAAAGAUUAUUGCAUCGAUGCAUCACAUGAUGAUGGUUCACUGGGUAGACUAGUAAAUGAUGACAAGAAACCUAAUGCGAAAAUGUUGAAAAUAGAGGUGAAUGGCAAUCCACACCUCUGUUUGUUCGCAAUUAAAAAUAUUUCUGAAGGCCAAGAGAUAACCUACGAUUAUGGAGGAGCUGACCUUCCUUGGCGUGUCAACAAAAGAACACAUUCAAAGAAUGUAACUGUAGAAGCCAAUGACGAAACAAAGAGUGCUCAACGGCAAAGUGACCUGGACGACCAGGAAAUGGAGGCAUCAGUCAACUCCUCAAGCCACCAGACCUGCCAAGUCACCUCAGCAGAUGACUUAAUUCCAACUAAAAGCUGCAAGAAAGCUAUGUUUGAAGCCAGUGAGCAAGCAAAGGGUGCACAAAGGCAAGGUGAAAUGGAGACACCAGUAGUUUCAGAUUGUAAGAAAGACAGCGCAACUGACUGAUAUACCGAUUUGACAUCAUAUCAUUGCUGCCAGCUGCAGGAGACACACACACACACA